AUGUUGUUUUUGUUACAGGCCCUUAGUCUUUUGUCUCUAGCUGCUGCUACUUCUAGUAAAGGUUACUCUUGGUUAGAAACUGUUGCUAAUCUCACGGUCUCCAGUGUUUCCAUCGAUUCAGGAGAUUCUCAACAUAUCGUCAUCACUAAUACCUCAAACUUGAACCAACCUUCAGAUCAGUUCAUUUACCAAAACAACGAAGGUAACCAACAUUUCUCAAACCCUAAAAACUUAACUAUCAUUCCAUAUUUCACCUACGGUGUCAAUGUCACUUCCGUGUAUCUCAACCAAAGUAUUAUGCCACAGAUCUCUUCUUUUGGUCACUACAUUGAUUCCACCAACCAUUCUGGAGAUGUGGUUAUAUAUGAUAACAAGCAAGUCACUAUUAAUCUUACUUCAACUCCUGAUGAGCUUGCUAUUAAAACCCCAAUACCAUUGGCCAAGAUUGUUGCUGGUCAACUCUGUGCUGCGGCUGAACACAACUUGCCAAAUGACAUUGUGUUUAUCCAAUGGGGUGAUUUGCACUUGCGUUUCUCUUUCUCUAGUACAGGUCUUAAAACUUUUACUCAAGAACAAGUUGAAAUCAUUGAAAAUGUGUUUGAAAGUUUCUUCCUUAUUCAUGAAGUGUUUGGCUCGAUUCCAGGUAUCGUUUUAAACAACUUUGAUGGUGCUGGCAACCAUGCUUAUGUCACCUUUGGUUCUAGCGAAAGUGAAUUCUAUAAUAUCUGGGUUGUCGAUGAAGAAACAUAUGCCAGAGUCGCUCUUAAAUAA